GAACAGUGAGGGCCCGUGUUAAUGUAAUUCACGCUUUCUGUUUUCACAGAAAUGCCUAAAGAAGAAUGACCGUGGAAAAUUAUUCUACAGCAACUCAGUUUGUCUUAGCUGGUUUAACACAGCAAGCAGAGAUCCAGCUGCCCCUCUUCCUCCUGUUCUUGGGUAUCUAUUUGGUCACAGUAGUGGGCAACCUGGGCAUGGUUCUCCUGAUUGCCGUCAGCCCUCUGCUUCACACCCCCAUGUACUAUUUCCUCAGUAGCUUGUCCUUCGUUGAUUUCUGCUAUUCCUCUGUCAUUACUCCCAAAAUGCUGGUGAACUUCCUAGGAAAGAACACAAUCCUUUACUCUGAGUGCAUGGUCCAGCUCUUUUUCUUUGUGGUCUUUGUGGUGGCUGAGGGUUACCUCCUGACUGCCAUGGCGUAUGAUCGCUACGUUGCCAUCUGUAGCCCACUGCUUUAUAACGUGAUCAUGUCCUCAUGGGUCUGCUCACCGCUAGUGCUGGCUGCCUUCUUCCUGGGCUUUCUCUCUGCCUUGGCUCAUACAAGUGCCAUGAUGAAACUGUCCUUUUGCAAAUCCCACAUUAUCAACCAUUACUUCUGUGAUGUUCUUCCCCUCCUCAAUCUCUCCUGCUCCAACACAUACCUCAAUGAGCUUCUGCUUUUUAUCAUUGCGGGGUUUAAAACCUUGGUGCCCACCCUAGCUGUUGCUAUCUCCUAUGCCUUCAUAUUCUACAGCAUCCUUCACAUCCGCUCCUCAGAGGGCCGGUCCAAAGCUUUUGGAACAUGCAGCUCUCAUCUCAUGGCUGUGGGGAUCUUCUUUGGGUCCAUUACCUUCAUGUAUUUCAAGCCCCCUUCAAGUAACUCCCUGGACCAGGAGAAGGUGUCCUCUGUAUUCUACACCACAGUGAUCCCCAUGCUGAACCCUUUAAUAUACAGUCUGAGGAACAAGGAUGUGAAGAAAGCAUUGAGGAAGGUCUUAGUAGGAAAAUGAGUCCUGAUUUGGGGGAUUUAUAGAUGGGAAAAAUGAAUAGUUCCAGUGAACAUGCAUUCUU